AUGCCUUCCGAUCCGCCCCCCACAGAACCGUCAAAAUCCGAGCGCAUAACCAAGCUACGCGUCGAGUUGAAGGACUGGGAACAUGCCUUCGCCAAAGCCCACGACGGCCGGAAACCAACCCGCGAUGAAACCAAAGCCGACAGGGAGAUAGCUGCCAAAUACAAAGAAUACGCCCGUCUCCGCUCCGGCUCCUCCUCCUCCUCUACCUCCACCGACAAGAAAAAGUCCUCCCCCGUCUCGCGGCCCGCAACAGCAGCAGCACCAGCACCAGCAGCGCCAACUGCUCCCUCACCCACAGCACUAACCCAAACGCCGACCAAAAACCCCUCCGCGAACCCAUGGAGCAACAGCGAGAUCUACGAAUCGCCGCUCAGUAUCCGCCGGCAGCGACUAUUCGGGCGACGUGACCAAGUCGGCCCCACCCCGCAAAAAACCGGCAAGGUCCUUGGUAUCUUCGACAGUUUCAUCGACGUGGAGUCGACGCCACCACGGUCCGCGAAGCGCCUGAUCACCGGACUCGGCACGCCGACGAAAUCCGGCGGCGAGCGCGUGUCGGUCUCCCCGGCGCUCUCGACGCCGAGGAAGAGGAAGCUGGCGGAGGUCGCGGGAAAAAAGGAUGACAUCUUCGCGACGCCGAGUGCGCUGCGCGAGUGGAAGCCGCGGGAGGUAGCGGAGGAGGACGGCGCCGAUAGUCCGCGUGUGAGGCGCCCGCCGCCGAUGCCGAAGCGCGGACUGAGCUCGAUGUUAAGGGAGCUGAGGGAGAUGGAGGCGCAUGCGCUCGACGACGAUGAGGAGGCGAUGCGCGAGAUGGAGAUGGAGGCGGCGGGGUUGGAGGUGCCGAAGAGGAAGGAGAAGAAGAAGGACGAGCCCCUGUUCGAUGAGGUGGAGUUGCCGCCGUUGCCGCCAGGCGCGUUCGUAGAGGAUACGCUGCAGGACUCGGAUGAUGGCAAGGAGAAUGACGGCACGGAGCGCAAGGUCUGGAAGAAGAAGGGGCUCAAGAGGCAGCAUCGCAGGGUCAUCAGUACGCUCUCCACACCCUCCUCGCUCCUCUUUGACCCUGGUACCCAAGCCGGCGACAACGAGGCAGAGGAAGCCGAGGAGGCGGAGGCAGCAGCGGCGGAAGGCGGCGACGACCAACCACCCAUCCCCUCGGACAUCGAAAAUGGCGAAGACUCAUCCUCGGACGACGACGAAGAAGACUCCAAAAAGAAGUCCAAAAAGAAGCCAGCAGCAGCAGCGGAGAAGGCCAAGAAACCUGCCGCAACUCGCAAGAUCGAUGCGAACGCUACAUCGCACAUGAACUUUAGAAAGCUCAACAUCAAGAACAAGAACAGCAAGGGUAAAAGAGGCGGUAGGUUCGGCGGUGGCAGGAGGAGGUAG